AUGUCUGGAACUACAGCUCCUGGUAGCCGAUGGGCUAACUCCAAGCUACCCCGACAACCUCUAACUGGAGGUCUGAAUGCCACUUCGCGUGAGGGCAGUGACACUGGUGCUCCUGUCCGAGGCGCUUCUCUUAACAAGAACAUCAGUUCUUCCGAGGCUGGUAGCCAUACCAUGGCUUACACCACUGUAAAUGCAGUGGACAGUACUGAGGCGGCACGUGUAGUCACUAUUCCUAGUGGCAGCUACUAUACCACCCCUAGAUCAUUUGGUUCCACAUUGAUGGGAUCGAUGGCUGGCACAACUGCCUCUAACAUCAACAAUGAGAAGGUCCCUUCGGUAGAAAUGUUCAUGAACAUGCACCAGGCUCAGCAGAAUAUGCAGAACUUCCCUAGUGGAGUUCCCUUCAGUCAAGCCCAGCAGGUAGCUGUUGACAAUGCUAUGCAGCCAUCAAUCAUAGACCACUCGAUGCUGCUUCGCCUUCAGCAACAUUGGACCCCUGCAGAUUGGAAUUUCCAGAAGCGUGAAAUGACAGGCAUGCCGAUGCAGGAAGAUUAUGACAGAGUUGCCAGUGAUCGUCGACAGUCCUGUGCCAUUAAGAGCGAGAAUGAGGAGGUCUUCAGACAGGUCCUUCACAACGUCGCGAAUGGUUUACCCACGACCUCCCCAAAUCAGAAGGGCGGCCACAAGCGAAAGAAUACAACGGUUUCGGCACCACCCAACAUGACACUGGACAAAUCUCCUACGGUGCUCAGGGGUAGAACUGGUUUAACCUCUUCUCAGAGCCAGAUAAUCAGUCAAGGUGGCUCAAGCUCGGCAGUCGACCUCAUAGGACUCUCUCGAGGUCGCCAAACGCCUAUCGUUCAGGGCAACCUCGUCCAAUUCACUACUCCCACCAGUCUCCAGAGAUCCAUCAUCCGUCUCAGUGCCACUACAUCGGGUUCUUCUAGUGGUUCCUCAAGCGGAAACGGCCUCCUAGAGUCUUUGAGAAAAGCUCAGUCAGCCUCUCCCACUCCCUUGACAACAGAGCUGAUCCAGCAGCGACAGACUCUUGUUAAGAGCCCUUCUAGCCAGCGAUCGAGUCUACGAUCAACAUCUCCUAUCUAUGGGCCAUUGGAAUUCCUUCCUAUUCCCGAGGAAAUCCAGAAGCUUCGCUCGGACUGGUUGAAUCACUUGACGGGACCUAAUGGGCAACCUACUGUCGAAAAUAUGCUUCAUUCCAGCAACAUGCCGUUUGUUGAAACGUGCCAUCUUGCCGAGCGCAGCAACCACGGGAUUGUUUGCAUUAGCAAUAUCCCCUAUGAGAUUACCCGUGCCGAGAUUAUCGCCUUCUUGGGUCGUAGCGCUCGUAUCCUGAACGACAAGGAUGAGCCUGUCCAUAUUAUCAUGGACCGCGUUACUAGCAAGACCAACGAUUGUUAUGUCGAGUUCGUGUCGUUCCAAGAUGCUGUGAACGCCGUGGAUAAGCAUCGAGCGGCUAUUAAGCAGGAACGCCACCCUAAACUUGGUGACCGCAAUGUGGAGAUGACAGUUGCUUCUCAGGCGAAGCUUAUGAAGGAACUUUUCCCUACUGCGCAUGGCAUUGACUGGCACGAGUCUCCCUAUGCAUUCACAUUUGGUUCCGAGUAUGACUUUGAAAACUUCAAAGGAUUCGUUUGUGCGGAAGAGAUGGGUAUGCUCUAUAAGCAUGCUGAGGCCAACUCCCACGCCUCAUAUGCGAAAGGUUGUCCCGAACGACCAUUUGAGUGCAUGAUCAGCACUCUGAAGAAGAUGCCAUGGUACCUAACUGAGCGUAUCACCAUCAAGGAGCGUCAUUACAUCUAUGAUGCGACAUUCAAGAUGGUUCAGUACUUGAAGGAACUUCUUGAGAGAGGCACAAUGCGCCGUGGCCAAAAGCCCGACUUCAAUCGCCUUACCAAGCAGCUUUUCAACCGACUUGUAAAAGCUGCUAUGCUUUGUCCCGGCUUCACAGUGAGUCAGAAGGACAACAUUGCAUACACGGCCAACUUGUCCGAGCUUGACUUGCGCGAUUAUAACCAGCCUCGUUUUGCCGAGCGCUGGUGCCACCAGUAUGCCCUCGGUGUUAAACCCGGUGCCCCUCUGGAUGUCGUCGAGUACUACAUCGCCUUAAUUAACAUGGAGACUUCCCGAGUUGUAGAUAAUCUCAGCGUCAGUCGAAAGCGCGCCUUGAAACUCGAGCAAAGCAAGACCUUUGAUUACUGGGGCUUCUUCUGGUGCGAGAUGGGUUUGCCGUCAGGACCAACGUUCGACAAUAUGACGCUGGCCGACGUUGCCGCCUUAGAGUGGGACGCGAUCGAGAAGAUUAUCCGCCGUGCCAUUACGGGAGGACAGCUGCCCUCCUACUAG